CGGCCGGAAGCUCCUCCCACAUCUCGCGAGAGUGUAACGGCGAAGUCUCGGGAGAACUGCUCCUAGAGCCUGAUCCAAGGUGCGCAGCCCUGGUCUCCGCUGCUGGAGGUGACUUGUCGUUGUAGUUGUCGGCUUCUAGCUCGCAGGAACUAGAUAUUGAAGACAAUGUCUGGAAGCUUCUACUUUGUAAUUGUUGGCCACCAUGAUAAUCCAGUUUUUGAAAUGGAGUUUUUGCCAGCUGGAAAAGCAGAAUCCAAAGACGACCAUCGUCAUCUGAACCAGUUCAUAGCUCACGCUGCUCUUGACCUCGUAGAUGAGAAUAUGUGGCUGUCGAACAACAUGUACUUGAAAACCGUGGACAAGUUCAAUGAGUGGUUUGUUUCAGCAUUUGUUACUGCAGGUCAUAUGAGAUUUAUUAUGCUUCAUGACAUAAGGCAAGAAGAUGGAAUAAAGAACUUCUUCACUGAUGUCUACGAUUUAUACAUAAAGUUUGCAAUGAAUCCAUUUUAUGAACCCAAUUCUCCUAUUCGGUCAAGCGCAUUUGACAGAAAAGUUCAGUUUCUUGGGAAGAAACACCUCUUAAGCUGAAUGCAGAAAAAUUCAGAAGUAAACAAUGUCAUUACAAUGGGAUAUACUCAGGAAUGUGUACAUUGUAAGAAAGUUCAUUAAAUAACCUGGAAAUGUU